CUUACAUAUUGGACUAUCAAACAAAAAGAAGACAACAUCCCGAGUAUAUGAACAGAUGUGAAUUAUGUCAAUCAAAUUCCAUCCAAUACGUUUGACGACAGGUGCCACCCUGACACGAAGUUUGGAUAAGUGGCGCAAUGGGUACCUAGGCUGAAUUCUUUUCUCUAAGAUUUGUCGCACUAUGUUUUAUACUGUAUUCGCAUUUCAACACCAACGUUUUAGAGACCUCGUCAAGCUUUCAAGAAAGCAACCAGAAUGAAUAUACCUGAUAUGACAAACCAUUGUGCGACUUCAUUAUAGUCAAUCAAGAAGCACUUGCGUCAUAUACUCAGAGUUCAAAUCGUCAGAUUUAUCCUGAUUCUGUACGCUUGUCUCAUACUAUCAAUCAUAGGGUUACAGUUCCAACCAUAUCGCCACAGGGAUCUGUAUAAGUGCAAUACGAAGAUCGUGGGCUUCUCGGAAGUUGCAGCACGGUCUUUGUCCUCACUGCAGAUCAGAAAACAGAUUUCUGGAGUUGUCCACGAUACACACCCCAAGAUUACAUUAGCCAUCAGCCAACGUAAUGGAAUUGGAAUAUCAAUAUGUUGCUGAUGGCCAAUACGAUGUCGACGACUCGGAAGGCGCCCCUAUAUUAGAUGUGCCUCAGAGGAAAAUAGUUGCCAUAGAGCAUCCCUGCGUCCUGAUAAAUCUUGACAAAGGGCUCGAUACAUUCGGAGUGGAUCCAGACUUUCAAAAGCUUCUUGUCGACACGCCGGAGCCUACUUCGGUGCCUUUGUGGUUUAGACCUGAUAAUCCUACAUCAAAGCCUAUUGUGUCGCAUCAUGCGGCCACCAACAACAUCCUCCUCAAGAUAACUGUCCCCAAGCGGACAGGUAGGAAAAGGAAGCGGGGAAGCAAUGGCCCAUUCAUCGGUGACGUUGAUGUCACAAAUGGGACAGCCGCUACCGCUACAGCUGAUGAAGUGAGUUCUGUGAGCCGGCGUGAUCGACCUAAGUCUAUCCUCCGAAAGAUGCAAGAUAAUCUCGAUUACUACGAGAUAGAAGCCGUUGGGAAGGUCGAGGAUACUCACAGGUAUCGAGGCCUAUCUGACUUUCAAUUUGCCAACGUCCCAUCUUCGUUCUUGACGAAGACGGCAGAGAACCUGCUUCCAAUGAAAGUUUCAAAACUACGAGAAAUCAAGUUUGCUCCUGGUGUAAUAUCGGAUCCUGGACAAGAGAUCGUGCCCCCGCCACAUUUCACAGACCGGAUUAUUGGAUUUAACUACAACUAUGAGCAGAAUCCUAACACCAAAGUGGAAGGAGAUGAGAUGGGAAAUCAGAAAUUAAUCAACAUCCAAGGCAGGAAGAAGCACUCUUACGGUUAUUUUAUCAACCAUAAUACAUAUCCCGUACCUCAGAAACCGCGGCGAGAGCCAAAUAUGGUUAUACCGGGAUCAUUAAUGAGGCAGCUUCAUGCCUUGAUGGAAGAAAGGCCUAUAUGGACGCGCCGUGCCAUUCUUAACCGUGUGACAGGCAACUAUACCGAUUCAGCUAUGAGAAUAGCCCUCCAGCUUGUUGGGUAUCAGUUCAGGGGCGGACCAUGGCGAGAUGCCUUUGUCAAAUAUGGCAUGGACCCUCGUCCUGAUCCCAAGAACCGAGUUUACCAAACGCUCGCCUUCAAGUUGGAGAGAAAUAUAAUCGGCACAAAGAAGGUGCCGUGGGAGGUCGUCAGGAAAGGCCAAAUCAAAAAGCAUCAUAGGGAGAAUCGGAAAAGUCACAUUUGGGAUGGGGAAGACUACUCGACUGAUGGGAAAUUCUGGCAGGUUUGCGAUAUCACCGAUCCAUUUGUCCGCAAUAUGCUUGACCAAGCUCCCUUGAGGACUGAGUGUGACAUUGAAUCGGGAUGGUACUUCAAGAGUGCUUGGGUGAAAAUUAAAAUGAUCAUGAAGGUUAAGAUGAUUGCUAUCAAGAGGGGUCGAAUGGGUUCGGAUGACGAUCAUCCGCAAAAGCCUGGCUUCCUAUACAAUUCCUUUCUUGCCGAGAGGCUACGACAGUGGCCUGAUAAGACUGAGAAGCCAUUGGGUUUGACUCUCGAGCCAUUUUUACGCCCGAUCGCAGAUGUGGAUACUACAAGAAUUCCACGCAAACGCCGGCCUCCACAGCUGAAGCAAAUUCCCGGGUCUACUGCAGCAGGCACGCCAUCAAGCACUGGGGGCGAUAAUUUAAACGAUAGAGGCCUAGAUGGAAACAGCGACGAUGAAGAAGAGGCAAUACAGGAGAAUCCAUGGGAAGUUGAUGACCUAAUUUAUGAUCUUGAAGAUGACGACGGGGAUAUUGAUGGGGAUGUGGAAGAGUAUGAUGGCUAUUCCGACGACGACGAUGAUGACGAAGAGGAAGGUGAGGAUUAUUUAAAGGGAUACGGAUAUGAAACUGAGCAGGAUGAGUAUGAUGAGGAUGACGAUGUUGCUAUGAACGAUCACCCAACGGAAGAUACCUAUGAUGACUAGGUAGAUAGUCGUUGACUGCUGUACUAGGAUACCGGUCAAUGCAAGGGACCCAAGAUACCUGUAAUCAUCAUGCGUGCCACUCAACAUGGUUGUGUGUUCCGUGCAUAUCAAUUAUCUCGCCCACAAUAGCCUGCCAUUUAC